GCUAGACUUGUUUUAUACCCUCGCGUCUUCCCUGCCGGAACUGCUAGCAAGGACCACGUCACCUGCACUGUGGACCGAGCCUCCGAAUUCGACUAUGACCCUGCACUAGAGCCUGCUCCGAUAGAUUAUAUCCCGGACCCACACGACCUCGCAAAAUCUGAAGGCGAGGACUUCGCUCGCUACAUCAAGCCUCUUGGCACCGGAGAACUAAUCGUUGAGGCCAGAGGAAACGAGAUCGUGUUCGCCGCGGGCCGGCAUGCCAUUCGAGUCGAUUUUGGACUCGAGGGGAACAUGGCUAUCUUGAACACUGCAGACUAUCAGAAGAUCGUAGCUCAAGACUGCCCCAGUGACGACGCGGACAAGACUAACGCUGCACCAAUGCGCAGUUUCAUCGUUCCGCCGGAGCUUACUGUGCCCGACGCGAGUAGCAAACAACAGACCCUCGCCAUAUUUGCGGCGGUUGUAGGUAUCGACCACACACUCAUCAUGGCCGACCAUACCCGCCAACUACGCAUGCAUGUCAUGAGCCUGUCACGGUCUUGGACGCAAGCAGACCUCACGCCCGGUUCCCAGGCGAGUGCAUUAUCUAUGGGACUUGAUAUCAAGUCCCUAACUUACUCCCACGGUCCUGAUUGGAUCCACGAGCCUGCUGAGGCACAAGAAGCCCUAGACCGCUGGCGUGACCGCAUGCUGUCCGCCCGUGAACCUGUAGCACCAGCGCUGGAACCUUCACUUAUCGACGCGAUGUGUGACACGCAAGGGGCGUUCAGCGGUAUCGGCCCGCACAUUGCUCAAGACCUCUGUCAUGAGCUCGCCAUCUGUCCCUCCAUCCCUCCAGCCGUGUUAUGCGCCGACAAAGAGAUGUACGCCACACUCAGGGACGGGAUCCCAGUGUACGUCUCGCAGUUCACUUCAGCACAGUACCGGACACGAUGCCUUUCAAUGCCUAACGUGAACUCUCCCCUGGCGUACAACUACAAGAGCGCCACCAAUUACCUCAACCAAUAUCUGAAGGUAUAUUGCAAGAGUAGCGUACGCAUGGCAAGAGAUCAUUAUAACAAUUUCGCGCGUCGGGGUCUAUUUGACCCUGCGCACACGAUAGGCAAGUUCCUUCGGCGAAGUGUAUAUUGUUGCUCACACCGUGCGGCACUAGGAGCCCCGUACGUGCCCGCCGAAGACCAGCUAAUCGACCGUGAAAACGCGAAUGUUCCCGUAUACCAGUACAGUCUAAAGUCCGGUGACCCCAUUCACACCGUCAUCGUUGCACGGCAACCGGAGAAUUGGCCGUACAGUAGGGCAAAGCGAGUAGGUCGAUAG